CUGCUUAAAUCACCGUCGAGCUCUCCAUGGAGUUAGGGUCCAGACCAGCAGCCGCGAUGAGCAAGAAGGAAGCCACGGAUCAGCAGCCCAGCAGACCGACAUGGAGCAGGCAGAUAGAGUUCACCCUGGCAGGGAUCGGCUGCGCCGUGGGCCUGGGGAACGUUUGGAGGUUCCCUUAUCUCUGCUACAGGAGCGGAGGAGGUGCCUUUCUGGUUCCCUACCUGCUCAUGCUGGUGGUGUUGGGGAUCCCUCUGCUCUACAUGGAGCUGACUGUGGGCCAGUACACCCGGAGAGGCCCGGUUCAUGCUCUGGCCACUGUUUGCCCACUCUUAAAAGGGGUGGGCAUAGCAUCUGUGGCCAUCUCCUUCAUCAUGUGCACCUACUACAACAUCGUCAUCACCUGGGCCCUGUAUUACCUCUUCAACUCCUUCCAGGCGCCUCUUCCCUGGCAGAGCUGCAACAACACCUGGAACACGCCCAACUGCACGGACCACGCCACCAACAGCAGCUACUCGUCCACAGCCAGCCAGGAGUUCUUCAAGCAUAAAAUGCUGGGCCAGACUAGCGGAGUGGAGGAAACAGGAAUCCUGCGGUGGGAGCUUUUCCUCAUCCUCAUCCUGGCUUGGAUUCUCAUAUAUCUGUGCAUCUUUAAAGGAGUGAAGUCAACAGGCAAGGUGGUGUACUUCACUGCUCUGUUCCCAUACAUCAUCCUCAUCGCCCUGCUGAUCAAUAACGUGCAGCUCCCUGGGGCUUCGGACGGGAUAUCUUUCUUCAUCGUGCCCGAGUGGGACAAGCUCCGGUCCGUGGAGGUGUGGGUGAACGCUGCGGCUCAAAUCUUCAACUCAAUUGGGAUUGGCUUUGGCUCCCUGCUGGCCAUGUCCAGCUACAACUCCUUCAACAACAACGUUCUGAAGGACACACUGUUCAUAUCCAUCACCAACUCCCUAACCAGCAUCCUGGCAGGCUUCGUCAUCUUCUCUGCCUUUGGCUACAUGUCUUAUCUGCAGGGCAUUCCCGUCAGCCAGCUGGCGGUGGAUGGCCCAGGACUGGUUUACGUUGUUUACCCACAAGCCUUCGCCAACAUGCCGGUGUCCCAGGUCUGGGCUGUCCUGUUUUUCUUCAUGCUGCUGUGCCUGGGGCUGGACAGUGAGUUUGCGAUGGUUGAGGUGAUGGUGACCAGUUUGAUGGACGAAUUCUACCAACAGCUGAUCCGAAUCUUCAAAAGGAAGGAACUGUUUAUCCUUGCAGUCUGCGGUGUGGCCUUUCUGUUUGGGAUCCCGUGUGUGAUGCAGGUAGGAAUCUACGUCUUCCAGCUGAUGGACCACUACACUGCCAUCGUCUCCAUCAUGUUCCUUGCAUUUUUUGAGAUUAUAGCCAUCUGUUGGAGUUACGGUGUAAAGAGACUUUCAAGCAACAUGGAAGAGAUGACUGGACAAAAGCCAAACAUCUUCUUCAGGCUUUGUUGGCUCGUAGUUGAUCCUGUGCUCAUCACUGUCAUUCUGAUUUUCUCCAUCAUCCAGUUCAGACCGGCUCGCUAUGGGGACUACGUCUUCCCUCCCUGGGCUCAGGGCGUUGGCUGGGUCAUUGCUCUGGCCUCCAUUAUCUGGAUUCCUCUGGGUGCAAUUCACACUUUGUGGGUGCUUCCUGGUUCGCUCACGAAGAAACUGAAGCUAUCGAUCACACCGUAUGCCCUGAAUGCCACUAAAGGUCUAUAUAAAGAGAGGGGAGGAGGAGCAGGAGAACCAGACAUAUCCAUCAUCAGCUCCAGCUCCAGCCUACCUGACAAAAAGUCCAUUGAGACAUAUUUCUGACACAUUUAGUGUUUUGCUCAAAACACUCUGCUCCCAUCCGAGGCAAACAGAAAAACUCCAGCUUAUCAGUAAUGAAUGUUAGUCCUUGAAUCUUGCUUGGUCUAGUCAGGAAAUUGAACAGAGCGAUUUUAUUAAAAUUAUAUUGUGUUGUUUUUUUUUUUGUUUUUUUUGCAUAUCUGCCUUGCAGAUGGAUGAAAAUAACCAGGUAUUGUAAUUUGAGUUAUUUAAUUUGUGGGCUUCUCUUGUAUUUUACUACCACAACUUUACAGGCUUUAUUUAUUGACUGCUUUGAACGAGUGCGCCAUCUUCUGGUAAAAUCUAUGCAACACAUUGUAUUGGAUAAUUUUUAAAACAUCAUUUCUAUAUUAGAAAAUAGGAUAAUAUAACGGUUUAACAUUUGCCAGGGUGUCUGCAUGUUUCAGCAAGUCAAAUUUACGACUUUUUAAUGCCAACUUGAAUGAAUUUUAAGACCUAAAAAUAUAAGUACAGACGUUGGUGGGGCAAUCCGUGAGACAUUACAAUCAAGCACAGCAAAAACGGGGACAUUUCUGGGGCAUGUUUGUGCUUCUUACACUGCCUAUGGCUCUCUACAGCUUAAAAGUUGUUUUCUCCCCUCACAGAAUGCAACUUGUUCGUUAACCGAAGAGAUUCAGUGACAAGUGACGUUGUUUACCCAUAACAUACGCAAAAAAGCUAAUUAGCUAGCUAGCAAAGAUAUUUUAGCUGCUUGUUAUAGUUAGCUUCGAGUCACAGACUCCAACUUUUGGCUGACGGAAAAGUCCUGAGAUUAAAAAGUCAAAUUAACAUAUUUAAGGCUAUCUUACAUGUUUUAAUAAACAGAAUACAUUCUAAUUUAAUUUAAUGUUUGAUACAUGUAUGUAAGACUUAAAGAUGUGCGGACACCCUGAUUUACAAUCCACUGUGGUACUGCCAUUGUCUUAUUGCUGCUGACUCAUUUAUUAGGUCAAUCACGACAGGGAACUGCAGAUAACACUAAUUGGUCAUGCAACCCUGUCAUGUAAGAUAUAAUAAAAAGAUCUUUGACCAAAGUCCA